AUGGAAACUUCUCUACAUUUUCCAUCUGCAUCAGCGUCAAAUUCGCUUUCUUUUGUGGAUCCUUUAGGUGGUAAUACUAUCAUUCCUAUGCUUCCUAACCCUCAUCUUCAUCAUAACCAGUCAACUGUUCAACUCCCGUCACCAUCAACUCUUCCCUCGACCGUGGGCUCUUCUGCGAACAUUCAAAUCCCUGUUGAGGAUAUGGAGAAUUGGAAUCAGAAUCAUGAGGUGCAGAGGGUUGAUGCUUUGUCUUCUACUUCUAUUCCUGUUCUGGAUGCCUCUGGCGGGGACAUGUUGCUGAAUGAGUUAGAAGUUGAUAGAGAAAAGAAGAAUGAUAAUUAUGUUGAUGUAGAGGCCGAGAAUAGCGUGCUUGUUGGAAUGGUAUUGGGGAAGGUCAAGGUUCCUUGGAAAUAUAAACAGUUUAUUGAUGAUAUUUGUGGAAUUUUGCAUAGAUUUAAUAUCAAGGUUAGUCACAUUUUCAGGGAAGCUAACGGUCUUGCAGAUUUUCUGGCUUCUUAUGCUGUCAACGAAGCCUGCUGUUUUGAAUUUUUGGGUACUGAUUCGCUGCCUAUAGCUGGGAAGAUGAGGUUGCAUCACGAUCAACUUUCUUUGUCUACAUUGAGACGAAAAAUGAUCUUGGUUGAUAGCACUUGCAGGCAGCUUGAUACUGUUGACGUGCGCUUGAAUGGGAGACAGGAGCAGUUGCCUCUGUUGGUUGGGCUGGUUCUGGGGUCCUUUUGCUUUGGGCUGGUUCAUGUUGCUGGGGGUCUCCUGCGCCCUGCUGGUUUUGGGCUGUUCACGUGCACUGUUCAUGUGCACAGCUUGUUUAAUGCAGCUGCUGGCCCUCACUCUUCGGUUAUCUUCUAUCUUCAGCUGGGUUUUGAUGGCCUUUUACCUGGUUUUUCAGCUGGUCUCCGUCAGCUGUCUUUUCUUAUGGUGUCUGCUGGUUCUUGGUCUGCCGCCUGGCCUUCAUUGCAGGCUGCCACAGUAGCUGGGGACUGUUCACGCGACUGUUCACGUGACCUGCCUGGCUCCUGCUACAGCUGUUUUUCUGCGGUGAUCAUGCUGCCUUCCCAGCUGGUUUCAGCUUCUCAUGGAUUUGCGUCUGUCAGCUGGUUAUGGAUCUCUUUCAGCUGCUGCUCUCCUCGUUUUCAGCUGACGCAGUUAUGUUUUGGUUCCUUCGGCUGCUUUCAUACGGUUGCUCAUGGUGUUCAGCUGGACUCUCAGCUGGAUUUCCAGCGGCUCUUAUGCAGCUAUUUAGCUGGUUCAGCUGCAGCUGGUCUCCUCACCUUCUCUCUGCUGGGGCUCUAUGGAUUGUCUCUUCUGGUUUCAGCUGGUUUUAAUGGUUCUCCAGCUGGAAUUUCAGCUGUUUCUCAUCCUUUUUAUGGCCUUUGCGCCUUUGCUUGUCCUGAUGCUGCUUGGUUCUCAUGA